AUGGCUUAUUCGAACGCAGCUAGGAAAGAAAUGUUAGAAGAUAUUGUGAAUAGGAACAACCUAGGUGACAAAAAGUUUCACUCGGAAACCUCCUUGGAGAAGUUUAAUGAAGAAAACCAAGGGGACACAUCAGAUAAUACGAACGAUCCUGGAGUACACAAUUCUUCGGUGAAUGCCACGUCACCUCAGGAUGAAGAUAUUCCUGAACGUAGGCGGACGAUGUCACAGCCGGGGCCUGGUGCUGGCAACUUGAUGACCGCCGCCGCUGGUCGCCGGCGUCGACCGCCGCGCAGCGUCAUGUACGCUGAUCUCGAAAGAACUGACUCCGAGGACAGAUUGCCGAAGCUCAUUCUUACAAACCGUGAAGAUUAUUCGUUUCCACCUACGCCGAUGACUGAGAACACCCCGAGCCCGCUGUCGUACAAUAGUAAUUACCGAAAUGGAGAUCUUAAAUCGAUGAAUAGUUAUCGCCUACAAACUCCAAUCGAUAUGCGCGGUGGAAUGACUCCGCGUAAGCGAUCAGUAGCCACUAUGGACGCGCAAUCCAUUCGCUCCGUGGAAACUCAGGCACCGCCGCCGACGAGUCCCGAGGAAAACGCUCGACUUACAAGCAAAUACUUCACAUUGAUUUUGAGCUGUAUGUACGCAGUUUUGUUGGUGACUCUUGGGCUAAUAUUCUACGUAUCUGAUAUAUUUAUCGACUUACCACUGUCACCGAUUUUCUCAAUCAUAUUACUUGGUAUUGGCUUUGUGUAUCAAUUAUUUUUAAUAAUAGACAUAAAUACAUACAAGUUAAAGGCUCUUAAGAAUGAAAGAAUUAAAGGACUUCAUAAUAAAAGAUUACAAGAGUUCUUUAGGAAACAAGAGGAUGAGUACGGCAACAACAUUCCGGGCGAUCGCACACCACAGAGUACUAUAUCGCAAGUUAUCCCUCCCGCACUAUUAAUCCCUCUCAAACACAACUACUGUUUCAGUCAUGGACGACACUCGGGCAGCUUUUAUCUUAAACUAGGAGCCGCUGGUUUCGCGUUAGGUCACUUAAUACACUCAGUUUUGCUAAUAACCGUACAAAUCAGCUAUUACUUCGACGAUAAUAUUGAUAAUCAAGACUGCAUCGACAUAAUGCAAGUGAUUCUCGAUGUGGCAAAUCCGCUUUACUGUUUUCUUCAACUCUACUUCAUAUUUAAAUAUUCAAACGUUCAUGUAAUGAGAGCGCAGAGUCUAGCCCACUUCGGUUUUAUGCACAUGAUUGGAAGUAGUAUCUGCUUCUGGAUAUCCACAAUUGUCCGCGAAACCGUUCUAGCCUUGAGUAUAUAUGUAGGCACUAAGUAUGGUAAUCGGACAACAGAAGAUGAGACGUCGCUCUUCGUAGGAGAUCAACAACAAUCAUUUUGGGAUAUAAAUGAUCUUUACAAUGAAAAUUGUAAAGGAGCACCCGCUAUCACGUCUAUUGUAGAAAAUUUUUCACCUUACUUGUAUCCUUUCGGCGUUGAAUUCAACAUUCUCAUUGUUGCUGUAUACUACAUAAUCUGGAGCCAUAUUGGAACUUGUUCAAACGAAGACUCCGAGAGUACCUCUAGCUUAGAAGAUAACCAAACUAUAUGCAAAAUCCCCACAGCAAGUGAGGAAAAUGACUAUACGAGCAACAUCGUUAUUUACGCGGACUGUCACGCUUCCAACAAAGGUCUCUUUCUAGGCAUCAUAUUGACUGUCAUAACGGCUGGGGUACUCAUACUUGGAUUCGUCUUCGGCAGUGUUGGAGGAGACUUUUUUGAACUGGGUUACAUGCUCAAUGCCUGCACAAAGCUAAGCCUACACGUAGUUAUGCUUUUGGCAGUAAUAAUCGCAUACAACCAAACGAGAAAGUUGGACAUCAAUGAGCAUCCGAUCUCACUCUUGGAUGACAUUCUGCUUUUCAUAUGUCUACCAGCCUUCUUUAUGGAAACUGUAUUCUCAAUGGUGGCUACUGUUAAUAUUUUGAAUAUCGUGAAGACAAUUGACGUCGUUGUAAUGGUUGUUCAAGUCAUCUUCCAAACUGCGUUGUUAGUUGACGGUCUACGUCGUUGCAGUAACAGUCGGAAACUGAGACGAACCAAGCCCGGAAGAGAAGUGCUCAUGUUCCUUCUAAUCGCUAACGUAUCGAUGUGGCUGUUCAAUACUUUCUCUUACAAGUCACCAGAAAGUCUCGACGAGAGAUACGAAUUCUAUGGCAAGGUGCUUUGGAGUAUCUUGGGACAUAUAAGCUUACCUCUCAUCAUGUUCUAUAGAUUUCACUCCAGCGUCUGCUUCGCUGAUAUUUGGGAUGCUGCUUAUAAACCUGGCUCUAGUCACUGAUAGAACUGCAAUUUAUUUACUACGCAAUAGAUAUUCGCUUUUAAGACUUUUCACCGAAGUUGACUAAAUAAUUCAAAUUAACAGAUGUAAUCGUUAUCGCUUACAAGCGGACAGAUAAAACUUCAAAACUAUCACAUUUUUAACUUUGCUUAAAAAUUAACUGAUAACUUAUUGCUAGUUUAUAUAAAUAAUUCUAAAUAUUUGUAGAAAUUAAUCAUACGAUGUUUAUAAAAAUGUUUAAAUUAAUUAAUUCGUAUGUUUCUUGCAAUAUUAAGUAUCUAAUAAUAUUAUUUUUUGUCGUCAAAAAGAUGAAGUUAUAUAAAAUAUUGUUAAAUUAUGAAACAAAAAAAGAGAAUGUUGUCAUGUUACAUAGAAUGUAUGUAGUUAAAGGAUAAUAUUAUAUAAGUAAAUACGUACAUUUAAUAUUAAUCGCUUGUAGUACUGAGAUCCUCCAGAUUGUCUAGGGAAUGGAACACGUGGAUCUUAACAAAGAUGGCGGAUUCAAAUCCGGGCAAUGACCACUGAAUUUUUACAUUAGAGCAACGUAGUGUAAUAAGCGCCAAAUCUUCUAUAUGAGGAGUAAAGUCUCUUAUCCAGCAGUGGGACGUUUACAAGCGGUCGCUUUAGUUGUAAUACAAAGCUAAUAAUAAGAGUUAUCUUUUAUAAAGACUAUUUAUGAUAAUAAAAUUAGUUAAAUGUAAGUACUGUCAAAGUGUACAAAUGUACAAUAAAGUUAGGGGUCUAAGUUUAAUGUUACUAUAGGAAGUCAUAGAAUAAUAUAAUAAAAUGCUUAUUGGAAUAUGUACAAAACAAUAAUAGUCAAAUUGGUCCCGUUUCGUAGGAAAUUGGUUUUUUUUGCAAUGCCUAACCAUAACUAAUUAAAUAAACUAUCUGCAUUUAUA